AUGCAGAAAGCCUUGAAGAAGUAUUUUGUAAACAUGGACGAGUACCUGGCCAGCAUCGGGCUCUACCGAAAAAUGAUGGCGAGAGACGCGUCCUGUCUGUUUCGAGCUGUUUCUGAGCAGCUUUAUUACUCCCAGAAUUACCAUCAAAGAAUUCGAAAAGAGUGUGUCAACUUCAUGAGGGCAAACAGAUGCAACUUUGAGCCUUUUGUUGAAGGAUCAUUUGAGAAGUAUUUGGAACGUUUGGAGGAUCCUAAGGAAACUGCAGGUCAAGUGGAGAUAAAAGCAUUGUCUUUACUGUACAGGCGGUGCUUUGUCAUUUACAGGUAUCCAGGUAAGCCGCCAACAGAGAUUGCAGAGGAGGACAAUUUACCAAAGGUUUUGCUGUGUUGCUCAAACAAUGGCCACUAUGACAUUGUAUACCCCAAGAAUUAUCCAAUGAAUGCGGCAAUAUGUCAGGCUCUGUUGUAUGAACUGUUAUACACUCGUGCCCUGGGCGUUGAGGAGGAAGAGCUGCAGAUGGCGCUGGAGGGAUUCAGAGGAAUGGGGCGGCGGUACAGAAACAGCCAGUCUAUGUGCAGUGAGGAGGCUGGCUAUGAUACCCCAGAGGACCGCACUCAAAGAGAGGAUUGGGAGCCGAACGGUCAGAACCGCUCCGAAGACAAAGCCAAAGCUGGAGCUGAGGACCAGAAGGCUACAGAAGGGUCAGGAAAACUGGCUCUACCGUACAAGGUACUGAAGGCCUUAGAGCCAGAGCUGUACCGCAAUGUGGAAUUUGACGUGUGGCAUGACAGCCGCAAAGAGCUACAGAAGACUGAUUACAUGGUGUUUGCUGGCAGGCAGUAUUUUUUGGGAGAUAAAUGUCAGGUCCGUUUAGAUCCAAAGGGAAAGUAUUACAAUGCUUUCAUACAGGAAGUAGGGACUCACACCACUGCUGUGACUGUGUUCAUUGAAGAGCUUGGAGAAAAGCACCUGGUUUCCUUGACCAAUCUGAAGCCAGUGAAUCCUGUGCCAGCCUGGAACAUCACGCCAAGCAGAAAGGGAAACUCCUACAACCAUCCAGAGCAGUACGCUGGAGAAUUAGACCCAGAGCUGCGCGGGAGGCGACGGUUCUUCAAGAAGCCUCGUGGUAAGGAGAUGUUGAUGGCAGUGUCUUACAGUCGUCCUCAGACUGGUUUACCUCCCCGCCUGCAACCCGGGCCUGGAAACAUUCACCCUGUCCGUUCUCCAGGAGUGCACGGCCCGGCUCUACCUCCUGCAGGUCUGGCCUAUGAACACUACCGACCUCACCCUCCGCACAGACAUCCUCGUGGGUACGGACCACCCAGUUCGGCCCGAUUCCUGAACCGACACCACCUUUUUGAACCAGAGAUGGCCUAUUAUCCCAGUCCCGGCAAGCGCUGCUACCAGAGUUAUGAUAACUACUCAUUCAGGUCUCGGAGUCGUCGACGGCAGAUGCACACUCUAAAUAAAGAGUGUCUGAGCUGUGUUCCUGAGCCAGGAGAGGAAACCCAGGACGUGGAGGGCAGUAUCACCUUCUAUGAGAUUGAAGAGACUGAUGAAAGUGCCUUCUCACCAAUACCAGGUCAAGCGGUCCCCAGCCCCAUGGUUCCAGGGGCCACUGCUUACUGGGUGCCAAGGGUCCCCAGUCCAGUCCCUCCAUCAGGCAAACAGCACAUGACAUCAUCAGAGGAGGACCCUGAUGAAAGGAGCACUACUGCUGACCAAGGUGAAUACGCAGAGGAGUACCUCUACUCUGCCUCAGAGGCUGGAUUUCAGAGUCCAUCUGUGUAUGCUGCAGCAGCUGAGUCUACCACCAAUCUGACCAUUCAAGAAGGCAGUUCUCGCGCUGGGUCGCCACAAGAGGGUGUCGCUACCUACAGUUACUCUCAACAGGUGGUUGUGAAGUCAUCUGUCAUCUCUUCCUCUCAGCCAAUUAACUCGGCCCCGGCAGCAAUCUUCACCUCAAACUCCUCCUCUUCAUCCUCUGGGAGCUCUCAGACCCCUCCAAACCCCCUCCAGCCCAACAACAUCCUCACACCUGGACAGCCUCCACCACAGAAUGUUCUGGGAAGAUCUGCAGUUCCGUGGUUUGUGAAUGAGCUGGGAGAGCCGGUUGCCAUGGCACCACCUCCGCCCUACUCUUAUGACCCCAAUGGCAGCGACCUUCCAAGAGAUUGUAAAGUUCUCCAGUACUACUACAAUUUGGGGGUUCAGUGGUAUCAGCAGAGUUACUGGCACUCUAUGGUGCACAUGCAGCAGGUUUACCCGCAGUCAGCUGCAGAGUCUCAGUUCCAGGCAUACCAGGGCAACGCUUCUGCCGCUGAUCACACCGUACCCCAGGCCUACCCUGAGCCGGUUCGCGUGUGUCCCCAUCCACAAGGAGAUACGCACAGCAAUGGCACCACUCUGGCUAUGGAGCCCCCUCCCACGGUGGUCCCCGGCACAGUGUACUAUCCCCUGGUACAGGAGCAGUGUGGCCAGCCACCGUUACACCCCACCUAUGAGCCCUAUGUUCCCGUGCUCUCCACAACAUACCACUACCUCACGCCCUGGACGCCCGGUGCCGGGCAGCAUCCUCGAAUCCACCAUGCCACCUAUUGCCCAUCCUCUCACACCCCCGUCAACUAUAUCAGCACCCCCACUCACCCCACGCACCUGCAGCACUCACAGUUCGUCUAAGUCUUG